UUGGGUUUCAUACUUCUUUGGAUACGAUUUGACCGUUGGGAUCAUCGAUAUGAUCUCUGGUUCAUAGAGGAAAGUCGCUGGACAGAAGGGGUGCGAUACUGUUUUUCUGUAGCAGGACAGCAGAUUAGAGGUAAGGAUCAAGCCGGGGGCUCAUCCAAAGGCAAGGGCAUAGCCGAGUGAAGACAAAGCUAUCAAGAUCAGAAGUAAGGUCUGUACUGUAGAUAUCGGGACUCAAGCGUGAAGGGAAGCCAUGAGGUGGGCGGAGGACUCCGAACUCCUUAAAUGUUUUAUGUUGUGUGGAUUUUGUAAUAAAGCGGACUUCCCCGGUUUCUGUUUUGACUCUGAAGGAAAUGUAUAUUAUGGUUUGAAGUUUAAAA